CAUCGUGCCCAUGGCUUGACAGCGAUACGUCGGUCGACAUUAGCCUGGACAUUAGCGGCCCCGAUCUCCUACUCACGGUCUGCAAACUCGUAAGCGCUUGAAUAACCAUCGGCCGUUGCAGCUCAGUUGGCGACCGGAAGAGUCUCCUGAUCGCGAUCAAGAUGUUGAAUACAAUCGAGAAGCUCAGACAGUAUCGGGCUAAAGGGCAGUUCGACUCUGGUCAUGAAUAUGUCUGUAACCUCGCACAAAGUGUUCAAGAAGAUAAACAGGUAGCAAUUGAGGUCGCACAGCUCUAUCUCGUGCAAGGGCACUUUAUUCGGGCACUGGCAGCUUGUGAAAAAGCACGAGUUCCUUUGUUUGAUGAGGGCCUUGAUGAGUAUUCAUCCGAAGUGCUCAACGAGGACAGCGUCUGCUUGGAGCUCAUUCAUGCGUUCGUCAAUAUAUCUCGGCAUUCGAAGCUAUAUACUGCGCUAAGAAAGGCUUCCAUAGCGCACAAGUUAUGGCUUGGCCAAGAGGUCGAACAAGAGGUGAUGAAGUUGAAUAUCCCAAGCAUGAGUCCUAUUGAAAUCCAGAGCAAGAUUGGAAAAAUCAUUAAGCAACGUGAUGGCCUGGGUGCUCUCCCUUCUGAGCUGGGCAAGGAGCAUCGCUCUACGGUGUCAGAAUCUCGAAUUCUCAUGGAAUAUUGGUAUUAUAAAAUUUUCACAUCGUGCUCGGAACAAGGCCUUACCGAUGAGCCACAAGCCGAAACUAAAAAGCGGGCGAGUAAGCGGAUCAGCGAUCUCUACACAUAUGUGGUCCAAAACAAUCGACUUCGGGAAGCUCGAUACUUACUCUAUCAUUGCGUCAGCUUACUGGAAGACAACGCGAAAGUACCGCUUAUGUUGGGACAAUUCUUAGAGUGUCUUGAAGGCACUUCAUUCGAUGUUGAGAAAGCACAGACACACCUGGACUUAGCGGAAUGGCAAAUCCGAUAUACCUUUCCUGCGUCUGCCUCUACAGUUGAGCAUCAGUUGCAAGAAGCCAAGCGCCUCUUCGAGAAGACGGAUCACACCCAUGGCGGUCUGGAUGUUGCGGACCUUCGACUACUCUUGCCUAGAGCGUACGAAAACCUUGAGGAACUAUUUCGCGCAAAAUCUGAGAAUGCAGCUGCCUAUUUCUCCAAAUCCUGCUACCUCAAGGGUCUGAGAUGUCUUCUUUUUGCAAUCCCCAAAGCCUUCGAGAUUGGCACAUUGGAUAACCUCGUCGAGCAGAGUAUCGACCUUCUUCAUAAAAUCAUCUCCCACGUAGGCGCGGAGCUUUACACACAACUUACUUUCAUUGAUAUAACUUCGCAGUCUUUGCUUCGGGCCCCAGAGUAUGGGCAUGCCCUGCACUCGCUGGAAUCAUACAUCAAGAGUGUGCCAGAAGAAAUAGGUCCUAGGUAUCACAGCUACUUGUACCUCUCUCUUCGCAAGGUCUAUUCAUCGCUCGGAAAUAUUACCGAAGCCAGAGAGUGUGCAAAGAAGGCUCUCGAGAUCUCUUCUUGCAACAGAAAUUCCUACAUCGAUCAAUCCGAUGCAGCACUAGAACUUGCGACUGUAGAAUGGGAUGCUAGAGUGGAGCAUGCCCCCGGAUCACCUGAAGAGCUUCGACAAAUCGAGAAGGUAAUUGAUCUCCUCCAAACAUGGGCUGAAAAGGAUGCUAGUCAUUCAUACUUGUAUGGGGAACGAAUGAAGUGUCAUGAAUUAGGAAUCAUCGAAAAUUACCUCUUCAACUUCCACCAUUUCGAAGACGCAGGGAAUAAGGCCAAGCAAUGGUUCAGUCGCGCUCAGAGAGGAAGCCAAGAAAGUGGCAUCCCAUCAUAUGAAGACAUCAACGGACGGGUAGACGAACUAAUCGCAGUCCGCAACUUUGAAGAGGCUAUUAGGUUAGCCAAGAGUGGCUUAGAGCAAUGGCAGUCGGCUCCGGAUCCCCCUAGAUUCCAUCUCGCACAAGGAUUCUUUCGAGUUGGGACAACACUUCACCUUAGCGCCGGACACAUGAUUACCUCGGGCUCAGUUGAAACUAGCGAAGAUGUCCUAGAAUAUGCGCGGAUAUUGAUGGAAGCCAUGCGGUAUUCAUAUGAGGCUCUAAAAGCCUACCGGAGCACUGGAGGAGCGAAGAUGACAGUCACUUGUACCAAUCACAUAUGGCUCGCGAUACAAGAUAUCAAGCAAGUAUCGGAAGAUGUUGGAUUGAAAUACCUGGAAGCCUACCUUAGAGAGCUGGAAAUUACAGAAUCAUUUUGUGACAGCAUCCGGCGGAGUCUUGCGUCUACGGAGAAGAUCCGGUCCCUAUUAGUAAAGCGUCAACUCGUUUCUAAUGACGAUCAGCGAAAGUUCUAUAGUCUAGCGACACAAAGCUGCAUCCAACUGAUGGAUCCCGGGUCCGCAUGGACAUGGAUACAAAAGGGCAAGGCCAGAGCGUUGUCGGACCUUUUCGGCAUACGUGCGUUUGUGCCUUCUAGCCUCCUUCAAGCCAUUCAUGACGACCCUGUUGCCCACAAGCUCUACCAACAAGAAAUUAAGAGUACCCAGAGUGCUCUCCAUGCGUCUCCGCAGGCCUAUAUCGGCGCUACACGCAAGGUCAUGUCAGACCGAGAAGCCAUGAAAGCAGUUCCGGUUCUCGCACAACUCCUUGCAAUUCGAGAAGGUGCUUUUGAUGUUAGCUUGGAAACAUCAUUCAUACAGCAGUCCCUAAAUCUGUCCAAUAUCGGAGGACAAAAGCUGAAGUAUGUCGACUGGUACUUUUUGCCGAAGUCAGAGGGAUCCACUGAGGCCAUUGCCAUCUUCGUUCGCGAUUUGUCGGGGAAUACUUCUAUUCGUCAGCUCACGGUCACGGUCUCAGACGUCCAAGAAUGGAUCCGAAAAGUUUUUGAGCCUCCGGAGGGUGCUGAACCAGAGCUGAAAAGGAAAGCAGGAAACAGAACCUUGUGGGAGCUCAAUGGUCUUUUGGAUGGUGUUGAUGAAUAUACCGAUGAGGGUGACCUGUUGGUUCUGUCUCCUUGCGGUAUUUUGAACUCGGUUCCACUCCAUGGCCUUAAGGUUGGUGGUCGAGUAUUGAUAGACAGAAACCUAAUCAUAUACUCGUCAAGCGCUGCCAUCUUCAGGCAGUGCCAGGCUCGUGCAGCGGCGUCUGCACAUAUCUCAACAUCUCCCAGCGGGAUCAAGGAGGCACAUAGUCGCAAUGACUUCUUAGCAGUCUACGAAGAAAGCUCAAGUCUUGCAGCCGAAGAGCGGACGAGCAUUUUCACCAGCGUCAAGAACAUUGCCGAGAGUUUCCGCGGCAACAUAAAGUUGGGACAAGAAGUCACUAAGACCGCAUUUAUGGAAACCUGUCGAGAUGCUUCAUGGCUUUUCUACCAUGGCCAUGCUAUCUACGACAAGCAAGAACUUUUGGAAUCUGGACUCGUAUUGAGCGAUCACAACUUGACUAUCUCCGACAUCUUCGAUGGCGCUGCAAUGCAAAAUUCGCCUCAUGUAACUGUCAUUGCGUGCGACUCGGGAACACAGCAAAUUGCGCCCGGCGAUGAACCCCUCGGUGUUGUUCCUGCUUUGCUCUUCGCAGGAGCGACAUCCGUCCUAGGAUGCAUCUGGCCAAUUGAGAGUUGGGCCGGAAGAAUUUUCAGCGAGAAGUUUCACGCACACCUGGCCGCACAGAUGACGAAUGGAAACAAUGAAGGCGGCUCUCACACUGUUGUGAACCUUGCGGCUGCGUUGAGAGAUGCGGUCAGGGAGAUGAUGGAUAAGAAGAGUGUUGAGACGAGACUGCCCUACUUUUGGGCUUCAUUUGUACUUCACGGAUGCUGGUUUCAUGCUAGCCCGUGAUAAGCGGUGUGAGUUAGUUGGAGUGUGGUGGAUUUCGCAUCCACUCUCGACCGAUGCUUUUCUGUUCCUCUAUAUCAAUGCAUCGGCUUCUUUCGAACGACGCGGCCGGCAGUGACAACCCCUCCCAAUUAGAAAACUCACCAUAACUCCCAAAAUAUCUGAUUCACAGCCACACGAAGCAGCCUCAAAGCGCCCACUUCAUCCCUCCCCA